CUUUCACAGGAAAUGUUUCAAAGCCCAAUACUUUGGUCUUUGUGAUAAUUUAAUUAUUAAAUUAAUGAUUUGCAUAGUGACACUAUAUAUAUAAAACAUAUGCCGACAAUAAGAGCUCAAUCAAAACCCUACUACUUCCCAUUUUGACUCCCCAUUUUGAAAGGUUGAGAUGGAAACAUGCUGGAUUGAACCCAAGUCAUACUGUGUAGAGGGUAUACAAGUCAUUGCUGCCGUAUGAAGGAGGUAAACAAAUGUAAACAAUGAAAAUUUUUAUGCAAGCAAUUCGUUGCCUCUUUGUAUAGGUAUUUAGUUGUCACUUUUAGAUAAAUUUUAUGCAAAGAAUGUGUUGAAAGAAAAGUGCAUACCUUAAGUAGCUGCACAAGUUUGGAUAUUUUAAGUACCUGCAUAAGUUUGCCUAUCUUAUGUUGCUCCAUAAGAUAGCAUACCUGCUAAAAAAAUGAUAUACUUUAAUGUAGCUCCACAAUUUUACUGAAAAGAAAAUGAUUGCAUAUGUAAAUGUAUAAUGGUUGGUUCAGUUGUGUGGUUGUUUUCUUUUAAUAAUUUCACUUAGAAUUGAAAGAAGAUAUAAGUUUACUCUAUAUUUUGAUGAAUGAUAGAUGCACUUAUCAUAAACUGAAAAAGACGGUUUCCAUAAAAGUUAACUUACGUUUUGUCAUACAUCUCUGUUUAUUGUACACAUUGUUGAGGUCAAAUUACAUACUCUCACUUCUUAAAAAUUUGUGAAGAACCAUUAGGAAAAAAAUAUAAAUGGUCAAGCUUACAAAGAGUGCACAAUUUGAGAGAAAAAGAGGUGUAGCUGUCACCAAUGAUAAAGUACUUCAGAAUCUAUACAAAGUAGGGGAAAAAACACUUAUCUCUCCAAAUUCGUUGAAGAUUGUGGCUGAGAUCCUUCAGAUUUCUCCGAAAAUGAAAUCGGGAAAUGUAUUGAUUGUCGUUUCUGCCGGUGUGGUUCACGUAGAAGAUGAAGAUGGCUUAUUAUUUUGCUGCUGAUCCUUCAGAUUGUGGCUGCUAUCCUUCAGAUUUCUGCUGCUAUACGUUCCAGAGGAGAGAUAGUAUUGAAUGUUGCAUCGAGUGGAAUCGCGUCGCUAUUGCUCCCAGGAGGUCGAACUGCCCAUUCUCGGUUUAAGAUUCCAAUCCAUCCCAAUGAAGAUUCUACGUGCAAUAUAAAACAAGGUAGUGCUCUUGCUGAACUUCUGGUCAAAUGUAAGCUUAUAGUUUGGGAUGAAGCUCCAAUGGUGCAUAAACAUUGCUUUGAAGCUUUAGACCGAACUCUACGUGAUAUUUUGCGGUUUCAAAACCCAAGAAGUCUUGAAAUACCCUUUGGUGGAAAGACAAUAGUGUUUGGUGGAGAUUUCAGACAAAUCCUACCUGUCAUACCUAAGGGAACCAGCUAACGAUCAAACAGAAUAUUUGGUAAAGUUUUCCGAAUGGAUUGCAAGCAUUGGUGAUGGCACCAUUGGAGGACCAAAUGAUGGUUUUGUGGAGAUUGAGAUUCCAGAUGAAUUUUUAUUAAAAGAUUUUGACGAUCCUAUAGCAAAAAUGGUUGAUUGUAUUUAUCCUUCCUUUGAUUCCGUUCAUGAAGAUCCCAACUAUUUAAAAAAUAGAGCAAUAUUGGCCCCCACCCUCCAAGUUGUUGACAGCAUCAAUGAUUACAUGCUUUCCUUAAAUGGUUCUGAGAUGAAAACCUACCUUAGUUCUAACAGCCCGUGUAAAUCAGAUUCAAAUCCUGACUUUUUAGCCAACAUCCAUACUCCAGAAUUUUUGAAUGGUAUUAAAGUUUCAGGAGUUCCAAAUCAUGAACUGCAUCUUAAAGUUGGAACACCGGUGAUGCUAAUGCGGAACCUUGAUCAUUCUCAAGGGUUGUGUAAUGGGACCAGGAUGGUUAUUACCAGAUUAGGUAAGCAUAUUUUGGAAGCAAAAGUUUUGACAGGAUUGAGUGCAGGUGAGAAGGUUUUGAUACCGAGAAUGUCUUUGACUCCAUCUGAUGUGAGAUUGCCUUUCAAGUUUGAAAGAAGACAAUUUCCUUUGAUCGUCUCAUAUGCCAUGACGAUAAAUAAGAGUCAAGGACAAUCAUUGUCCAAUGUUGGAUUAGUCUUAAAAAAACCUGUUUUUAGUCAUGGUCAGUUAUACGUUGCGCUUUCACGUGUCACUAAUCCCACUGGUUUGAAAAUAGCUAUAUGUGACACAGAUGGGAAAAGUACCAAUGUAACGAUGAACGUUGUAUUUAAGAAAAUAUUCCGAAAUUUGUAAGACAAUUUGUUUUCAGGUUCUAUAAAUGUUCAUUUGUAUUUAUAUUGAUA